AUGCGAGGCACCUAAUCGAGAGCACGACAUACUCUAGCUAACUCCUUUUAGGUCAUGGUUUUCAAAAGAGACUGGGACUCGUCUUGCCCACGCGUGUGGGACCGAUGGGAAGCCAACGGGAGGACCUGGGUGGUGCAGGACCUACGGCCUGAAGACGACGAGAAAGCCCUGCGAAUGCUGGUGGAUGUUUUAGUCCCUGAUGAGGCUCUGUGUGCAGCUUGUGAUUUAUACAACGACCCAGUCAGCAUAGCAAGUAUCGAAGAGGUCUGGAGGAAGACUAUAGCUGAGCGUAUGACCUUAGGAUGCUACACGGAGGUAGACGGUCCAAUGACCCUCGUGGCUCUGAACGCUUGCACUGUCAUGGAGAAAGGAGAACACCCUGAAUUAACGAUUGAAGGCAAAGCGUGGAAGAAUGUGUAUGCUGUGAUAGACUACAUAGAGCAGAAGAAAGAUGCGUUUGAAGUGGUCGGAACCGAUGUACUACUUCAUGCACUGGGCUUAGUCGUCAGCAGAGAGUUCCGAGGGUCCAGACUGGGGGGCAGAAUUUUGGCAGCCAGAGAGCCCCUCUGUAAAUCCGUGGGUAUAAAAGGGACAGCUACAGUGUUCACUGGACCAGCUUCGCAGAAGCUAGCUGCUAAAUGUGGGUUUACCACUAUAGCCCAGGUCACGUGGGCAGAACUCGCCGAUUCCGGUCUGGACUACCCAAGAGAGGAGAAAAUCGUGAAAUACAUGGUUAAGAAGUAUGAGUAAGGGUUAAGGUUUUAGUAUUUCUGAUGAAACAGAAUAUUGUGCAAUAUAGUUUUGUAUUAAGUUUAUUCUGGUUUAGAUGACCGUUGAAUUGAAAUGUCAGAGAAAUAAGAAUCCAUUGCGAAAUCAUCUUUUUGUGAUAGUAGAUUAAAAUAUUUUCCUUUAAUUUCCGCCAAUUAGAUAUAGAUAGUCAGUUCCAUUGUGGUUGAGGAUUCCGUGUGAAUUUCCAUCAGAUGUGAUGCAGGCAAGCUUCCUUGUUGGCAAUAAAAAAAACUAGGAAUAAAACAA